GUUACGUCUUGUGAGGUUCUUGGUUUUUAUAACAAAAAUCAAAAAUUUUAAAACAGAGAUUGCUCCUUAUGGCUUAAAUUUAAAAGAGUAUUUAAAAUUAAAUUAAAAAGUUAAAUGUAAACAGAAUAAUGGAAAUUCCUUUAAAAAAAUGUAAAUGUGGUGAUCAGAUGGAUAGACAUGAAUUUUCAAUACAAUGUAAAAUCUGCAAUAAUUUGAGUCAUGGCAGGUGCACAGCUAUGAAAGAGUAUCUAUCAACAGAAAUUGAUGAAUUUCAUUGUCCUGAGUGUUGCCAUAAACAUGGUCCAUCUGUUAUGAAAAAGAGAAUUAAUAAUCACAGACAUGAUUAUUCUGAAACAGAAGCUGAUCAAAAACCUGUACAAACAGGUACACCAGUCUUUAUUAAAGAGUUAAUGUCUCGCCAUUUUUCUGGAGCUAAUGAAAUUGUUAGACACAUUGAUGGACAUUUAUUAACCUUGUCAUACUUAGAAGCAAAUGGAUUUGAAAUUCCAAUCAUUGUUAAUAAUAAAGAAAGUUUGGACAUGGCUCUACCACCUUCUAGUUUCAGUCUUUAUGAUAUAGAAACUUACAUUGGUGGUGAUUAUGAAAUAGAUGUUAUUGAUGUUGCAAAACAAAAUAAUGUUCGAAUGAAAUUGAGUGAAUUUGUUGAAUAUUUUUAUGAUCCACAUCGGUCUAGAAUUUUGAAUGUCAUCAGCUUGGAGGUUACGAACACUAGCCUAUCCACUUUGAUAAAGGCCCCACACAUUGCUCGGCAACUUGAUUGGGUUAACUAUGUUUGGCCUGAAGAUUGGCCUGAUAAUAGUGAAUUAAAAAGGGCCAAAGUUCAAAAGUAUUGUUUGAUUAGUGUAAGAGAUAGUUUCACCGAUUUUCACAUUGAUUUUGGUGGAACAUCUGUAUGGUAUCAUGUACUAAGGGGAGAAAAAAUAUUUUAUAUUAUUCGACCUACUCAAGCUAAUCUACAUUUAUAUCAACAAUGGCUGUGUAGUUCUUCUCAGAGUGAAACUUUUUUUGGUGAUCAAGUUGAUGCAUGUUAUAAAUUUAUUUUAAAAGAAGGACAAACUAUGAUGAUACCAACUGGUUGGAUUCAUGCGGUUUUGACACCAGUAGAUUCUUUAGUAUUUGGUGGUAACUUUAUUCAUAGCCUUAAUAUCCCAAUGCAACUACAAGUAUAUGAAAUGGAAAAAAAAAUGAAGACCCCAGCUAAAUUUCAAUAUCCUAGUUUUGAAACUAUCAAUUGGUUUGCUGCAAAACAUUUACUAAAAGAAUUGAAAAAUCUUAAUCAUGUUGAGUCAAAAUGUCCUUCUUACCUUUUACACGGAUUAAAAGCCUUGUUGAGUUUACUAAAACAGUGGAAUACUGAUAAAGAUUAUAAUAUGUUUAGCAGAAACCAAAUACCAACAACAAUAAACAGUCACAAACUAGUGAAAGAUUUAACAAAAGAAAUCAGAAGUGCAGAUAGACUUUUAAAUUCGAUUAACCCACCUAAACCAGAGCGUGAAAGUGAAAGAAGGAAAAAAAAACUCUACAAUCAGUGUAAACAGAAUUCAAAAGUAAUCGAUUCUAUGACAAAUGUUAACGAUAAGGUAAAAACUAAAGAUUCAGUGGAAAAAUCAACCAAUGAUUCUCAACUUUUAACUUCAGUCGCGGCAAAUAAGCAACCUGAAAAGAGACUUUUACACCAAACAAGUAUCACUGAAAAUCAUAGUCCUCAGAAAACCUAUGAUUUUAAACGCUUGCAAGAUAAAAUACACUUCAAGAAUGUUUCAAUAAGAAGAAAUAGAAUAGUUUGCCGUGAAGAAUCAAAAAUAGCGCACAAUAGAUUUAAAUUAGAUGAUAAAGAAUCAGUUAGCAGUACACAAAGUAACAAUGAGUGUAUGGACAACUUCAAAGUGAAUCACGUUUUGAAAACACGAAGUCAAUUACCAUGGAGACAAACGACUUCAGUAUAUGACUUUCAUGAUGGUAGUAAUGACAGUGAUAAUAAUAAAUUAACUAUUUGUAAAGUACCAAAAACUAAAUCUACCAAGUACUAUGUCUCUAACAAGCAAGAAUAUCUACUUUGUACCGAUAAGUUUGAAGAUUCCAUAAAUGUUCGAAAAAACGGUAUUGAAGAAUUGAUCGAGGCAUCUGCAUAUGCAUCAGUUCCAGAUACAAAACUCAGUGUAGCGUAA